AGGAGCUGUGCCCGCCCGGGGCUCUGCUGACCUUCUCCAUGGCGCCCUGACCCGCUCCGCCGCUGGGAACCCCCCGCCCGCCCCAGCGCCAGCCGGAGACCGGCAGGGACCGGGCGGGACUGGGAACCGGACCGUCCCGAACUCCUCCCCAGGUCCCGUCCCGCCGCCGGGCGGGAGUGACCGGACAUUGCCGCGCCGGGAAGGAUCUUUGUGUGGGGGUUUGUUGCCGGCGUGGAGCGAGAGGUCUGGGCAGUAAGUCCCCGCAGUUUGGGCUGACGGAGCGGGGCCGAGCGCCGGGGAGUUUAUACCUGACCGGGAAGCUGCUGGGGACCGCUCCGAUGGAAAUACACUGUAAGCACGACCCGUUUGCAGCAAUGCAUAGACAUGGAGGAGUGAAUCAGUUAGGGGGUGUUUUUGUGAAUGGUCGUCCACUCCCUGAUGUUGUCCGGCAAAGGAUUGUGGAACUUGCCCACCAAGGGGUCAGGCCGUGUGACAUCUCCAGGCAGCUACGGGUCAGCCAUGGUUGUGUCAGCAAAAUUCUUGGCAGGUACUAUGAGACUGGGAGCAUUAAGCCUGGAGUGAUUGGAGGAUCCAAACCAAAGGUCGCCACACCCAAAGUCGUCGAAAAAAUUGCAGAGUAUAAACGCCAAAAUCCCACCAUGUUUGCCUGGGAGAUCAGGGACAGGCUUCUAGCCGAGCGAGUGUGUGACAAUGACACCGUACCCAGCGUCAGCUCGAUUAACAGGAUCAUACGGACUAAGGUACAGCAACCACCCAACCAGCAGGUCCCAGCCUCUAGUCACAGCAUAGCCUCCACGGGGUCCGUGACCCAAGUCUCGACAGUGAGCACUGACUCCGCCGGCUCCUCCUACUCCAUUAGUGGAAUUCUGGGAAUUACAUCCCCCAGUGCUGAAAGCAACAAACGCAAACGCGAUGAAGGUAUUCAGGAAUCUCCAGUACCAAACGGCCAUUCCCUCCCGGGUCGAGAUUUCCUUCGGAAACAGAUGCGAGGAGAUCUUUUCACCCAGCAGCAGUUAGAAGUGUUGGAUCGAGUCUUUGAGAGGCAACAUUAUUCUGACAUCUUCACAACAACUGAACCCAUCAAACCAGAGCAGACGACAGAAUACUCAGCCAUGGCAUCAUUAGCUGGCGGAUUAGAUGAUAUGAAGGCCAAUUUAACAAGCCCUACUUCAGCAGAAUUAGGAGCUAGUGUUCCAGGACCACAAUCCUACCCUAUCGUGACAGGUCGUGAAUUGGCAAGCACAACGCUCCCAGGAUACCCUCCUCACGUCCCCCCUACUGGACAGGGCAGCUAUUCUGCUCCAACACUGACAGGAAUGGUGCCUGGGAGCGAGUUUUCUGGAAGUCCAUACAGCCACCCACAGUAUUCAACAUACAAUGACUCCUGGAGAUUUCCCAACCCUGGAUUGCUAGGCUCUCCUUAUUAUUACAGUGCUGCAGCCCGAGGAGCAGCACCCCCAGCAGCUGCUGCUGCCUAUGACCGCCACUGACCCAAGGAGUCUGGAACUCCAGCACUUACUAAACAUAUCAUCCAGGCUGACGGCAUCCGAUUCACCUAGAAAUAACCAUGCAAAUCAGACUGCAAGGAAGGAAGACGAAAGUAUCCAGUAGGAACCCGCUGGCUGAAAUUUUACUCUUUAAACUGGGUGAACUAAUUAUUAUUAUUUUUUAAAUCCAUGAAAUUCUGGCGAUAUUAACUGGGCUCUCAUACAAAACAAAGAAACGGGAGAAACCAGUUCUGCCGCCGUUCCAUCUGAUUUGAAAGGUACAGUAGCUGCAUCCUACAUACAGCCUACAGAUCUCGCUGCCUCUGGUUCUCUCAGCUGCGCCUGGGGACCGGAAGCAGUUCUGACUUUGAGCAGGCCAACUUGGAGUGUCUCCCUUAAGGUGCAGUGACGCAGGUUGUGUGACUCAACAUGGCUGUCUGGCUUUUUUUUUUUUUUUUCUUUUGGUAAAUAAGGAUUGGUCUGCUCAAUUUACACAGCACCAAUGUAAAUAACUUGCUUCCUUGUGUUACUUUUGAGAGUGGCUUAGCAUAAACAGCAACAUGGUACAAAUUUAUGAACCGAAAACGCAUCUGAAACAUGUGUUUUCAAACUGGUGCACUGAGUCAAAGAAUUCAGUAAGCUUUAACCGACUUUGAACCAGGUUAACAUCCAUUGUGGCUAUAUUUGGGGCUGAUGUUAUUUCUAUAUACAGCGUCACAUCUGACAGUCGUGAGUGAACAUGCUAUGAGCUGGCAUGGAACACAUGAGCACGGAAAGACAUGGGCGGUUUGUGACAUUUUACUGCUAAAUGUUAAUUUAUGUUUAUUUGUAAUCAUAACUAGCACUGAAACAAAUUCUCUGCUUUCAAGUUAAACUGCAUCAGAGAAGGAAUUCCUAAUUAAUAACCAACCCCUUAUGUACAUCUAUAUAGAUUACACGUGAACACCCAAUUAUUUCUAUUUUGUAAAGAAAUGAGAAAAAUCCCAAGGUGAUGAUUUUUCAGAUUGAUAUCUCAAACAAUAUUACAUUCGGGGCCGCCAUGCACACUGAAACAUACAAACGCUGCUUUGCAAAUCAAACAGAUGGGAGGGACGCACAUUGUGGGAUACCUAUAUGUUUAAAUGAAGACAUUUCUCAAAGUCAUUCCUUGUACACGGUGCGCUACAGUAAAUCCGUUCCAUUGGAAUCCAUAAAGUUACAUUGGGGAUAAAUUUGGCCCAUUAAUUCUGUACAUUCCCCCUCCCUCUCAAAGAGAGAGCAUUAAUAGAACCAAGUGACAUUUUGUUCAAUGUUCUCUACUUCCCGAAGCUAAUGAACAGAAGAGGGCAGCUUACAAAUGAUUGGUUAAGCUAGUACAUCAGUCACCACCAAUUCCACAGAACCAUAUCAACACUCAUUAUUUCCCAAAGGAACAGCUUUUUUUAAUCCUAUAUGAUCAGCAAACUUCUCAUCUGCACAAAGGGAAAAUUAGAAGUGUUUCCACGGAAGACAAUGGAAAACUCCCAUUGACUCACAUGGGCUCAGGAUCUGCUCCAUAGCCUUACGCAGUGUUGCCAUAAGGAUGGCAUCUACCAUCCUUACACUGGUGAGCACUUACACGCUGUAGUAAUCCCAUUUGGGUCCAUGAAUAAGGGUCUGGCCCAAAAUAGGUCUCCUAUAAGUGGACAAUUGAAGUACAAAUAUUAUUUCCAGAGUAAUAACUUUUUAAUUACAAUUUUAUCUUUGUGCUGCUUGUUCUGAAUGGAUGUCAGCAAAUCAAAUGGUAGCAAUUCAGUGAGUUUUGGCUGCAUGUUCCUUCCAAAACCUUUGUACUAUAUUUAGUAUGUCUUCUGAUCAGACUCGGAACAGAGACAUCUCUAGUUUCCAAGGCAGAUAGUCCCUAACUGGAGCCGGGUUCCUGCCCAGGAGUUUAGGUUAGUAAACACCCACAUACCCACAGAUGAAAUGUUCAGAGGCUAAUAUGAGGGGGAAAGGAGUCCAGGAGCGCUGGCUGUAUUUUAAAGAAGGCUUAUUGAGGACGCAGGAACAAACCAUCCCGAU